CGGUGGACCGCGGGUCCGAUCCUAGUUUAAGUACAAUUAAGAAUAUGCUAAACUAAUAAUGAGUAACACGUUUCUAGUAACAACAUGAAAGUGACACCAUCCGCAAAAUAAGUCAAACCUCUCCCUCUCUCUAAAGUUAAAUAACAACACGACGGUUGAUAAUUUGCAUGUCAAAUCAAUGAGUUUCAAUGUAUCAAUGUAUGUAUGUAUAAAAAGAAAAUGACGUGGAGCUCCCGACCAUAGUCUGGUAUGUUUGUGUCCACCAAGUGCACUAAGAGGAGAAUUGGACGAAGAUUACAUUCAAGCCUGAUUUGAAGAAGUUUAACAUGACUGAAUUGGACAACGAUGUGGUUGCUCUAAUGAGUAAGCGAGUGCUUGAAAUUGCUGGCUGUUUGGGAAAGACAGUUGACCUGAAUGGAAAACAAGUACCAAUUAAGUCAUUCAGUGAUUAUGUUGAUCUCUACUUAAGUGUCGCCAAUAAAUCAAGGACUGAACCUCUCCCAAGGAUGACUGAGAAAGUUAAUGGUAGAUGGGAGGUUUGUGUGGGCUGGCUAUUAUUACCUUUUGUUCUUCAUGAUGAAUGAGUAAACUCGUUUUUGGCUACUAACAGGUUCGCUUUGUCAACUCCAUUGCCACAAUUAAGGGUGGUACGCAUGUUGAUUAUGUGACCAACCAGGUCACAAAGUACAAUAUUAUGUAAAGAUACAUAGUGACUAGUGCUUGAGGUAAAUUAUAUUAACUAGCCCUGGGCGUUCGGAUCCCCGAACCAGAUCGGGUUCGGGUCUUCGGGUCUUCGGGUUUACACAAAUAGAACCCGUUCGGUUAUUAUAUACGAUCGGUUUGGGUUCGGAUCGGUUAUCAUCGGGUUCGGUUAACUUCGGGUAUCACCCGAAACCGAUAUAAAAUUCGGAUAACCGCUCUUGUUCGGUUAUUUGAACCCGAAAUUCAUAGAUAACCCGAAUUAAACCCGAAACAACCGAUAUACCUGUGA